AUGGCUCAUAACAGUGAAGUGACAACACCCACCGACCUGCCACGGACACCACUCUCCCUGCGUGGUCGGGUGAAGCGCACAAUUUCCUUUCCCGGCUCCCGCCGUGGACUCUUGCCUGCCUUCGACGCCUCUGGCUCUCCUUCUUGCUUCCUGCUGUUAUUUUACUGCAACAGGAAUUGGUGGGAGGGAGGCCAGGAGGCUCUUUUCGGCCACUUCAGCGGCAGCCGCAUGGCCAUCCUCACCGUGCUGCCUUCCUCCGCCCUCCGCCCCUCCAAGGGCGCUCCGGAAGCCUUUCUCUCUAAGGGCGGUGUUCCUGUUCGCACGGCCGCCUGCUCUCUAAGGGCUGGUUCAGGCGGCCCUGCCAAGGGCCCAGCUACUCGCCUCACGCCCUGCCUCUCCGGCCCCGGAGAGCCGUCGCCAGUGCCACCAGGAGAGCCCGGCUUGAUCUCGUCGGCCACCGCAGCGGCGUCCGUCAUCCUGAGGGCCUCGCCGUCGCCUGUCGAGUUCGUGCAGAGGAUCGAGAAGGCGCGGGACAAGAGGGUAGCUUUCCCGAGCCCGGAGUUCCAGAGGCUCUGCCACGAGCAGUUGGAUCUCUUCAGAAGGCUCGUUCAUGAAGACGCCAUUCUAUCGGUAUACGUGCGUCCUGCUGGCAGUUAUGUGAUGGAUCGUCUAGAGCUCUGGCGAGUUACAUUGCAUACAAGGAUGAAGAUGUCAGAAGAGUCUGACGUUGUGGUAUUGAUUGGCAAAUUUUGCCUUCCUGCAGGACUGCGCUCGGUUGAGGCUGCAAUGGCUGUACAACUCAUAGAGGACGUUCCUGAAUGUAGAGCUCUGGUGUUGCCCAUGGUGAAAGAUCCUUUUCUUGUGGGCUUUCUAGUUGCCGAGCUCCCAUCAUUGGAUGCAGGGCAGUACAUGGAACAGAGAUCAAAUGACCCAAUUGUCCACGUUGAGGCAGCUGAAAAUAAAUCUGAUAAUUGUCUUGAUAAGUUGGAAUUCCAUCCUUUAAAGAAAUUGAGAAGGAAUUACUUCUCAAUAACUAGUGAACAAAAAUCUGGAGCAGUCAAUAUAUCACGGUCACUGGCUGUAGCAUAUGUCAUGGAUCAGAAAACUUUAUUACUUCAACAUUCAUCUUGGCAAAACAACAUUCGCAUCAGUAACCUAGUUGAGCAAAUACGUAGUUCCCUUUCAAGCGUCAGAGCUCUUUCUAAGAUGCUGUCCAUUCACUUAAAGAAAGAUGAGAUUUCAUAUGAUAUUGCUGAAGAUAUACUUGUGCAAGGUGAUCAAAUGAAAAAUAAUUUGCAUGAGCUUCAGAAUGCUGUCUAUCUUACAAAGGCAAAUAUAGUGAGACACAAUGAGGAUAAUUUGAAGAAAAUGCAAAAAAGACUCCAGUCAAGCUACGGAAAUCUUAUGCAUACAGAAAUCCUUCCAGGAGAUACAACUACGGGAAAUAUCCACAGGAGUGACACAUACAUAGAUCUCAGCUCACAUGAUUUAGAAGCAAAAGAUUUGGAGAUUCCUAUGCCACCUAUUGCUCUUGUAGCACAGCAUAUUAUCAGACCGUGCAAUGUGUCAAAUGUCCUGUCGGAGUUAGUGGGAGUUGCACAACCUUUAGCCCACAAGCAGCAGCGAUCGCUUAAAGUAAAACAAUUCAAUGCUCCACUGGAGGCUGCAGUCGAAGAAGCUGCUUUGAGACAGGCACUGAGCAACUUGAUAGAUGGUGCACUUUUACGAACACAUGUUGGUGGCAAGGUGGAAAUUUUUUCUGUUGAGGCACCUGGAGGCGGGGCUCUUAUAGUAGUUGAUGAUGACGGGCCUGAUAUGCAGUACAUGACACAAAUGUACUCUUUGGCGCCAUUUGGAGCGGAGCUCUCAUCACAAGGGAUGGUAGAGGACAGCAUGACAUGGAACUUUGUUGCUGGAUUGACAGUUGCUCGUGAAAUAUUGGAGAGCUAUGGAUGUGUAGUUCGGAUUAUUUCUCCUCAUCUCCACAAUACAUCGCUUGGAGCAGGUGGCACAAGAGUGGAACUUUGGCUGCCUGCUCUUCGUUCAGAGGUGAUUGAUUCUUCUCCGUCAGAAAAUCAGAAGCAAUAGUAGUAGCACGUAUAAUUUCUGUGCUGGCUAUUUUUCUGUUGAUUUGGUGUAGUUGAUGUCGACUCUAGCUUUCUAUCACUGAGGUGAAUGUUGAAGGAAAUGUUGUUUUUGUGUCGCUCUUGAGAAUGCCUAAUCGCAGGUUGUAUAUUAAAUUUUUUUCUUGUACAGCUUAUUAUUUGGAUAUGAAUGUAAUAACUGAGGCAUAAUAAUUUGUUCCAACUUCA